AUGAUAACACUUUCAUUUAAUCAACCAAAAUUUUGUCCAACAGCAGCUUGGGAUCCUUUUGGAAUUACUUUUACUAAUCAAACAACUGUUGGAGAGGAUCUUUACGCCCUUUUUAUUAAUGCGAACAACACAAUUUAUACAGUUAAUCGAAAGACGAAACAAAUCUUAAUGUGGAUUAACAAUAGUAUCAAUCUAAACAAAACCAUUUCUGUCGAUUUCUAUGAUUCAAAGUCCAUUUUCAUUACAAAUAAUGGUGAUAUUUAUUAUGAUGAUGGUUUUUAUCAUGGUGAAGUUGGCAAAUGGAUAUCAACUACAAAUACUUUUGUUACUGUCAUGGAUGUAAUUUCACCAGCAGCAUGUUAUGGUCUCUUUGUUGAUAUUAAUAAUACUUUAUAUUGUUCACUGUCUUGGAUUCAUAUAAUUGUGAAAAGAUGGUUAAACGAUAGUGAAAUGAUAUCAACAACUGCAGCUGGAACAGGUAUUCGUGGUACUGCUUCGAAUGAACUUGAUAGUCCUUGGGGUAUCUUUGUUGAUUUAAACUUUGAUUUAUAUGUGGCAGAUUAUGAGAAUCAUCGAAUUCAACUAUUUAAAUCCGGAGAAUUAAAUGGGACAACAAUUGUUGGACAAGGAUCAUCAAAUAACAUUAUCUCACUCAGAUAUCCAUGUGGAAUUGUAUUAGAUGCUGAUAAAUAUCUUUUUAUUGUCGAUCGAUUCAAUCAUCGUAUAAUUAGAUCAGGAUCGAAUGAAAUUCGAUGUAUAAUUGGAUGUGAUGAAGGAGGAUCACAAUCUCAUCAAUUAUUAUUUCCAACAGCUCUUAGUUUCGAUAGUUAUGGAAACAUAUUUAUUAUUGAUGAUGGCAAUGAUCGUAUUCAAAAAUUUGAUUUCUUACCAAAUUCUUGUGGCAAGUUUAAAAUAACUGAAUAG